AUGGAAUAUAAAAAAACGAAAAGAACUAAUCAAUUUAUUUUUGAAAGUAGCAAACAUGCUGCCAAAAGACAAAAAAUAAAUGUGAAUUCUCACUGUAAAGGAAUUUUGUUAUCUCCAGUAAAUCCUCGUAAAAUGAGCGCAGCCAUAAAAGAAUUUUUGAAUUUUUUAAAAAUAAAUUAUCCAAAUAAUUACGAGAAUGGUGAUACAAAUAAUAAUGAAAAUGAUGUUAAGUGUGAUUUAGAAAAAAAAAAUAGUAAUGUAGAAAAACAAUUAAAUGAUGAAAUAGAUAAGGCAAAUUUAGAGUAUCAGAGAUUUGUACCACUAAGAAAUAUAAUAAAAAAUUUUGCAUUUAUUAAAUUUAAUAAUACGAAUGAUAAAGAUCCAUCAUAUAUUGUUACACAAAUAUUCUCAUGUGCUCAAAAAAAAAAUGAAAAGUAUAAAUUAAGAAAUAUUUGUAAAAUUAUUCCUUUUGAUUGUAUUUGUAAACCUCAUUUAUCCCCAUUUAUAAAAACUAUUGUUCCUUUAAUUAAAGAGAACUUUAGUAAUGGAAUAUGUGUGCAAGAAAAUUUUUCAGUAUCUCACAUACUAAAAUUAUUAAAUAUAUCAGGAGAAAAAGAAAAAGAGGAAGAAGAAGAAACAGAAAUAGAAACACAAAAUGAAGAUGAAAAAAAUGAAGAAAAAAAAGAAAAAGAAAACGAAGCACAAGAAAAUGAAAAUAAUGAAAGAAAAGUAGAAGAAAAAGAAGACAAUGAAAAAGAAAACGAAGCAAAAAAAAAUGAAAAUAAUGAAAAAGAAAUAGUAGAAAAAGAAGACGAUGAAAAAAAAAAAGAAGCAAAAAAAAAUGAAAAUAAUGAAAAAGAAAUAGUAGAAAAAGAAGACGAUGAAAAAAAAAAAGAAGCACAAAAAAAUGAAAAUAAUGAAAAAAAAAUACAAAAUACUACAAAAGAGAUGAAUGAAUCAAAUAAAAAAAUUUCAUGGGGAUUAGUAUAUAAAUGCUCUAACACAAAAACAUUAACUAAAAGAGAUGUUUUAACUGUUUUAGAUAACUGUAUUGGAAAUAAUUAUUGUGUAAAUUUAACUAAGCCAGAUUUAGCUAUAAUAGUAUAUGUGACCGAAAUAAUGUGCGGUAUAAGUAUAAUAAAGGAUUACGAUAAAACAAGAAAAUUUAAUAUCUCAUCCUUCAAUGAAGAUUCUUAA